CAAAAUUAUGUAACCGGUUCGUUAAAUUUGUAAAUAAUUGAUAUACCGGCUCAAGUAAACACAUGGAUCACAAAAACAAAGUGAAUUUUUAGGACUUUUAGCAUUUUCCAAAUUUUGGUAAUUAUGAUUGGAAAAACAGUUUUAAGAGCACUGGGCCACAGAAAAGAGGCCGUCAAAAGAUGUGCGAGUUUUGCGUCCCGAGCGUCUUCAACGGCUCCACAGAUGAGCAUCCCUUCGUCUGAAGAAUCAAGCAAACCCCUUCCGUUCUUCAGAACAAGAAGCAGUCCAACAGAGCAAAGCUCAAGCAAUGGUGGUCAGUACUACACAGUUGACCCCGCAGUAAAAAAGCAGUUGUAUUUGUACGGAGGAAUUCCAAAGGAGUACGACGGUCUUUGCAAGACUUUCAAAGAAACCUGCAUCAUGGUGAGGGAACCAGCCUUGGAAAUCAUGCACUAUCUGAAAUCAUCGAAUUUCGACAAUGCUGCAAUCCGAUAUUGUCUCUAUGGAAGAUUGGGCACAGGAAAAUCUCUCACUUUGGCGCAUUUACUUCAUUAUGGAUUUGAAAAUAACUUCCUCCUUGUCCACGUACCAUGGACUCCUUACUGGUUUAAACACCCAAAAGAGUACACAGACUGCCCAACAAAAGAGGGCUUUGCUGAUUUGCCCAUCGACGCUGCUGCCUGGCUGAUGCACUUCAAGAACCAAAAUGCCCACCUUCUUGCAGAUCAAAACAUAAUUACCUCCCAAGACUGGGAGUUUAGCAAGAGAGAAGUCGUAAAAAAGGGCGCGCCGUUGAGUGAAAUUAUCGAAAUGGGAAUCAACAGAGUAAAGUACUCGACGAACUGCAUCGAGGCUCUUCUACAAGAGGUUAAACAACUUUCAGACAUGAAGAGGUGCAAAACGCUCGUAGUUAUUGAUGGAUUCAACGGUUUUUAUGACACCAAAACGAAAGUGCGGCUGGCUAAUUUCCAAUAUUUGCCAGCGACGAAAGUAACCAUCACUAGUCCUUUCAUCAAUAUUACCAAGCAAGAUUGGAGUAAUGGUGCUGUCAUUGUGUCCGUGGAUGAUAAUGCCUUCCGUAGAGAAGACCAUCGAAAUACGAUCUACCCAAAGGGUCUUUUGGGUGUUGAGGGAUUUGAACACUUGGACCCGUUUAUUCCUGUUGAAACUAAGAUUUACUCCAAUAAGGAGUUUGACAGUUGCAUUGAAUACUACUUGGACCGCAGGUGGAUCAUCAAUCCUCACGCCGCUUCCGAGGCAGGUAGGAAAGAACUCUCCUUUUUGAGCAACAACAAUCCUUACCAGUUGAUGAAAAUCACCACUCCGCUGUAAACCAUCAUAGAACAAGUCUUUCCUAGGUUAUUUGUAAAUUUAAACGCAAAAAAAUAAAAGAAAUGUGCUGUUUUAAAAUGCAUAAACAAAAACUAAUUACUCACUUU